AACGGCGAGUGAAAGUAUUUUUGUGUUUAUAAAUUGCGAAUUUGUCUAAAUUUAUAUUUUAUCUUUGAACAAUUACUUAUUAAAUUAACACUACAGCGUUAUGGUGUUUGAAUGAAUUUGUGUGUUUAGUUUCUAAUCCUAUUAAAACAUGGAUCCAUUUACUCAGCGUAUGUUAGAAAGAGCGCGGGCUAGGCAGGAGAAAAUUGAUCAGAAACUCGCCAACUCGGGACAAGCUGUGCCUAAACGCAAGCCUUUAGCCGAAAAUAUAAGCAUCGUUAAAAAUCACGCAUCACCGGUCAAAUCGCCUAUCAAAACCUCGAGGGAAUCCAUACCAUCCCCCAAAAGGUCAACGAGAGAACUUACAAACUGUGAUGCACCUAUAAUCAAACAGGUUAUUCAAAAGUCCGACCAAGUCUUAUCGCAGCAACGGAAAAAUGAUGUUAUAGUGACAAAGAAGGAGUUUAAAAGUCCCAAAAGCAGUUUGAACCGUCGCAACUCUGAUGUGUCUGUGGAGAUCAAUAUUUCCCAUAGAAAUGAUAUUCAGAUUGAGGUGCAGGUGGAGGAGAGAGAUGCACCAAUCAGCAUCGUUUACAACCCAAGUGAAUGUGAAAAUAAUGUUGUUAUUCAAGAAAUUGAUGGUGAUAACGAGCAAGAAAUAAGAGCACUUGAAAUGGGAGAACCGAAGGCUGACAAGGCUAAUCUGCGCCAUAACAUAAAAUCUCGACUGGACAGAUUAGCUAACAUGUACUCAGAUAAUCCAACAUUGUCUCCUCCCAUAUAUCGAUCUGAGGAGUACAUGUCAUCACCUCCUAAAGAGCCCCACUCGAUGAAGCCUAAACAUGAUGGGAAGAAGAAGUUUGGUAGACUAGCAGCAUUGGCUGACCAAAUAAAUAACUGGGAAGAUGACCUCAGGCAUCAUGCACUUCAACCAGAAACCACGAAAACUUCAUCCAAUCAGAAAAAAGAAGAUAAAAUGGAUUCAUCUACCCUAGAUAUGUCCAUUCACUCCUUCAAAGACAUCAACAAGGCUUUACAAACUGCUAAAAAUAACAAGAAUUCAAAGCAAGUCAACUCGCACACAUUUACGAGACCCAACGUGAACGAGUGCCAGCGAUUGGCAAAGCAAAUUGUUGCAGAGCUGGAGGGCGAGGGGUACCGCCGCGUCUCCGCCACCCAAUCGCGGCUCGUUUACGAUUUCGCCCCGACGCAACUCGAACUAAAACGACAGGAGCCGAAGAGGGCAGCGACAACCCCCAGUGCACCUACAGCCCCCAACAUGGCGACUGCGGUGGCAGCAUCGCCGGCCGCGCUCGCUAAAAAACCUUCUAUCAAAAAGUACCGAGCGCCGACUCCGCCGAGUAGGAUAACCGACGAAAACUGUGACAGUGAUAAGGACAAAGAGAACAAUGUGGUCGAACAGGAAGAGAACGACAACAGUGAGUGUGUACAAACAAAAGACGACAAACCGGCGGCGGAGGGUUCGCCGGCUUUCAGGAGAUUCGCGCCGAGGCUGAACGGCAAUGUUGACAGGAGUUCAGUGCUCUCGAAGGCGGCUAUGUUCGAAGCGGGCAGCCCCAGGUCCAAGGACCCCGCGGAAAUGUCGCUACGCGAGCGGAAAGCCCUGUUCGAGAAGAACAAGGGAGCCGCGAUCGUGCCGAAAGCGCCCUUCGGCCUCGCACCCUCCGUCAAAACACUACAUGGAGGCGUAAAAGACAAACCAACAAAGGUGGUGCAUAAAACAACAUCAAAAAACAAUACCCCGGAAAAGAAUUCCAGGAGCAAUUCCAAAGACUCCCUAGCGGAAGACAACAUCAGUCAAACCUCUAUAGGAGGGGGCAUUAAGGGAAAACUGGCUGCUUUAUUCAAUAAGGAGCAAACGAUAAGCGAGACGACCAUAGCGAAUAAGUUCAAGCUAGAAAGGGAAAAAGAAAUGGAGAUGCUGCAAAACAGAUUCCAUUAUAAGCCCACACCACCUCAGAAACCAGACAACAAUGAUUCCGAUGACGACCAUAAUGACCACGAAUCGGAGAACAUACCACUCAUGGGAAGCACCACGAGUUUGUCCCAAGUGUUCAAGAAGCCCGAGAUUAUAGCCAACAUGCCCAAAGUCAAAUUCGACGAAAAAUCAGCCCCGAAAGAUGACAAAGAGAUAGAACAUGAAAAAGUCGCUGGCUCUCAACCUGUUAAACGGAGAAGUUCGCAAUCCCAGGACUCUCCAGUUGUACUGUCGGUAGUCGACGACGUGAAGAGGAUAAAAGUCAACAACAGUACAAAAGAGAACGGGACAGUGGUGCAACAACCCACCAGCCUAUAUCCACAUCUAUCCGACAUCGAGACUGACAACUCCAACACGCAAGAGGAAUAUUCUGAUUGCGGCGGAUCUAGCACCGAGAAUAUAGCGGGGAAAUUAAACAAAUCAGACAACUGGGCAGACUCCUCGUUUGGUCGUGAAGUUAUGAACGUGGUAAAGAAAAACAACACAAGCUAUAAGAAGGCAGUGCAGAGCGAUUCAGAAGAGUCAGCCUGCGAUAGCGAGCUAGAUGAUUUGUUGGAUGAAGCGCUUGAGGUGGAGGGACCGACGCCUCCCAAACUUAAUAAGGUGAUUGAGCACGACAGUCUGUCGUCAUCGAGUUUCGUGUACCAGGAGAAGGGGCAGUUCAAGUCGCCGCUGAAGACACCAGUCCAGGCGUUGACUCCCGCCAGAACUGACCGCGGGAAUGAACUAGUCCACAGCGUCAGUUUCUACAGACGUAUGCAAGCGUCUGGUACCCCAUCGACCCCGAUGCGUGUAGUCCGACACGCGUCUCCUGAACGCGAAAUCCCGCCUACUCCAGAGCCGGUGACCGCUGUGACCACAGUACGACAGCGUAUUAAAGAACUGCAAAACGAGAUAUCCAAACAGCAGACUGUUAUAUCACAGGCGAGUCAAGCUCUCAACCUUUGCGCGUCCACGAUAGAAUUCAGCGGAUCCACAGAACAAGCAGAGGGCGAAAGACUGCUGUUAUUAGCGACCCAUCGUCGCCAAGCUUGCCUCCACGAAGUGCAACGUCUCCAAGUGGAAGGUGCUGGGAGAGCUGCCACGGCCGGCAUGGCAACGCUACAUGUUAACAACCUGAGAGUGCCACUGCGGAGAGACUAUGUGCGACAGUUGAAUGCAGAUGGUGCUGUGGGCCACCACGCAGUAUGUCUCCUCAAAUGCAGGGACCGAGUUCUAGCAACCAGUAUGCAGCUGACCAAACCGACCGCGCCACUGCACUUCCCCGAUGAAAUACGCAUGGACGGACUCACUAGUGACUUCAAGGUGACUGUAGAAAUCUAUCUUCUUCAAGCAUCCAAGGAGGUUUUGCCCCAUGACGUCAAAUAUCACAUUGCGGGCAAAAAGGGCAACUCGAAACACCUAACACCAAAGUCGAAGGUGUCUGAACUGAAAGCACCGCGAGUACAAAGUCCAGCCGGACCGCAUUCGGUCCGAAGCCCGCAGUUCCAACUUCACGGAUAUUGUAUUUUCGCCUUACCUCAGGCGACAAGAAAGAGUUUCACUCUUAAUAAGGUACCGCACGGCAGUCCCCUAGAAGGUUCCAUCAACGUGGACAUCAAAGCCCGAGUGGUGGUGCCGUCCCCGGAACCACAUGCAGCGUUCCUGACCGCCUUCGACGACGUGUCCGGGCUGGGGGCGUGGCACCGGCGCUGGUUCCGCCUGCAGCCGCCCAGACUUGCUUACUGGAAGUACCCUGAUGACGUACAGAAAAAGAUGCCAAUUGGUGACAUUGACCUAACGACUAUCAUAUCCGAGCGAGUGACAAAAGCGCCAAGGGACCUGUGCGCUAGACCGAACACAAUACUCCUGGAGUCCUCCGUACCAGCCGGUCUCAUCGUACCAGAUACCGGCUCCUUGGUCUACGUGCGAAGUUCAGACGGUUCAGUCAAGAGACGGCAUUUGUUGGCUGCCGAUACGCCGAAAGAUCGAGAUGUUUGGCUCGAGAAGUUGAAUAGCGCGUUGGAGUAUGUGCGGUGCACCGCUGCUGAUGAAGAAGACUAGUGCUAGUGUAGUGUAAUUGUGUGAUCUUAGUGCGUUUAUAGUGUAUUUCCGGUAUAAAGUCCCUUUUAAAGCUAAUUUUAUCACAAAGAGUUAACAAGAAAGCAAAUAAUAACAGAAUUACAUAUUAAUAGAUCAAUAUUGAUGUUUAUUUAUGAAUUACGGUCUGAUUAUUAUAUUUUAUUAUCGAAUAACACAUUUCGUAAUUUUAUUGCCACUUCUACAUAACUUUUAAGUAUUUUAAAUACAUCGAUUUUCUCUAAUUAUGAUGUAACAGAAAUCGAUGUUUCAUCACAAUAUACUUGCUCGUUUUGUCUAACUGUUGAAUUUAUUGAAGUACGUAUUUAUAAUGUCAUUGAUAGAUAUAUCAAUAUUAAAAUGAAUAAUAAUCUAAUAUUGGCAGAACCAUCGCUUAAAGCAGACUUAUUUUAAUAUCGUUGCGUUUUUAUUUCAGAAUUAUAAUCCUUAUUUGUCGGAUGUCAUGAAAUGUCAAAUAAACUGUCAUUUUAAAAUAAUACUGCUUUAAGCUAUGGUAGUUAAUCCCUAGUACUAAAAGCUCAUUUUAACGUGACAAAUAAGCCAAAAGGGACUUCGUAUGGGAGAGUGUGCUACACAUUCAUAGGGUACUUAUAGUUAGAUUGUAUUUAAACCCACCUAUUGGAGUAAAAUACAUAAUAUUGUAUGACAAGCUGAUAUUUUCAAAACCCGCCUAUUAAAAUGUAAUUUCAAAGCCAUAUAGUGUUCUGGUUGCCAUAGAAAGCCAAUAGGGUUAUAUUAAUAGUAAAUCUGUACACAGCAAAACCUUUUAACGCCACAUACUGUCAUUUCAGUCCAAUAUAUAAUAGAAAAAAAGAAAAAACCAUAACCAAUGACGUUUUGAAUGAAAACGGAUAGAUACGAUACGGGACGGGUACGCGAUGUAACUGGCAUAUUGAAGCUUAUUUAUUUAGCUAACCUGAGCUGAAUUAAUGUUCUUAUGACAGGUACUCUAUAAAAUGGAAGCAAGAAUUCAGUCCGGGAAAAAAUUGGCAAAGAGUUGCUAUUUAAUAUACUUUAAGAACGCUUCAGCUGUUCAGUAUUAGCCCGGAAAAAAAAAGAAAUGUUUAAAAAACACGUGUUUGAUAUAUGACGUCGCUCAAACAAUCAUCUAUCUAAUACUAACCGACUUUCAAAAA